UACAAUAUUUCCCAAACGGGCUCCGGGUUUGAUUGUGUCUAGUGCGUGUGUAUUUGGGAGUUUAAGAACGAGCGAGAGCAUGAACGUGGUCUCAAUAUCUUAACAGUUUUAUUAGUUCAGGAACAACGACAUUAGUGAAGCAGCGUCUGUAAACCUUUCGGAGUCGGUCUGUUAAGCGUGUGGCUACAGCUAUCUAGAACGGUCUCCCUUGGUGGACAAUUUCAUAUUGAAGCAAGAUGUUUCAGAUUAAAAGAAUAUGCUGCAUUGGGGCUGGGUACGUUGGUGGGCCGACGUGUAGCGUGAUUGCCAGCAUGUGCCCCGAGAUCAAGGUGACGGUGGUUGAUGUGAAUGACACCCGAAUCAAAGCCUGGAACUCGGACACGCUUCCAAUAUAUGAGCCUGGUUUGAAUGAGGUGGUGAUGUCCUGCCGUGGCAAAAACCUCUUUUUUUCCACCGACAUUGACUCUGCAAUUAAGGAUGCGGACUUGGUCUUCAUCUCUGUGAACACACCCACUAAGACAUACGGUAUGGGGAAGGGUCGUGCUGCCGACCUGAAGUUCAUUGAGGCGUGUGCACGCCGCAUUGUGGAGGUAUCCGAUGGCUACAAGAUCGUGACGGAGAAGAGCACCGUGCCAGUCCGGGCUGCAGAGAGCAUCCGUCGGAUCUUCGAUGCCAACACCAAGCCCAGUCUUAACCUGCAGGUUCUGUCCAACCCAGAGUUUCUUGCGGAGGGCACAGCAGUGAAGGACCUCAAGGAGCCAGACCGUGUCCUGAUUGGUGGAGAUGAGACGCCAGAGGGUCAGAGGGCUAUAAGGGCUCUGUGUGAUGUCUAUGAGCACUGGGUGCCAAAGUCCCGCAUCAUCACCACCAACACUUGGUCCUCUGAGCUCUCCAAAUUGGCGGCCAAUGCCUUCCUGGCUCAACGCAUCAGCAGCAUCAAUUCCAUCUCGGCUCUGUGUGAGUCGACGGGUGCCGAUGUGGAGGAGGUGGCCAGAGCCAUUGGAAUGGACCAGCGCAUCGGGAGCAAGUUCCUCAAAGCUAGCGUGGGUUUUGGGGGGAGCUGUUUCCAGAAGGAUGUGCUGAAUCUGGUGUAUCUGUGUGAAGCACUGAAUCUCCCAGAAGUGGCUUCCUACUGGCAGCAGGUAAUUGAUAUGAAUGAGUACCAGAGAAAGAGGUUUGCAUGUAGGAUCAUCGACUGUCUUUUCAACACUGUAACGGGAAAGAAGAUUGCCCUGCUAGGCUUCUCUUUCAAAAAAGACACUGGCGACACCAGAGAGUCGUCCAGCAUUUACAUCUCUAAAUAUCUGAUGGAUGAGGGAGCGAAGUUGCACAUCUAUGACCCCAAAGUGCUGAGAGAGCAGAUCAUCCAGGACCUAUCCCAGCCCAGCAUCUCAGGAGACAACCCCCAAAGAGUGUCCGAACUUGUUACUGUGACAUCAGACCCAUACGAAGCAUGUAAAAGUGCUCAUGCACUGGUUAUCUGCACAGAAUGGGACAUGUUUAAGGAUCUGGAUUAUGAGAAGAUAUAUCACCAGAUGCUGAAGCCAGCAUUCAUAUUCGAUGGUCGUCGACUGCUCGACCACCUGCAUCCACAGCUGCAGAACCUGGGCUUCCAGAUUGAAACCAUUGGGAAGAAAGUGACUACUAGACUCCCCUUUACACCCUCUGGUGGAGUACCGAGAAUCAUCAUCAAUGAACCACCUGCUAAGAAGUCUAAAGUCUGACACACACUCUGAUACAUUACACCAAACACACACCCCUGAAUGUACUUCUAAAAGUGCCAAAAUCCAAAAGGUUCACACAAUGUGCUGCACAAAUAUUCUGGUGUGUAGUCAUUUGUUUUGUGGUACUUUCCCAUAAUCCUUUGCCUGGGGGGUGGUGGGAAAAUCGGGAUAUUGCAGGGCUCUGCUGGAUGCAUGGUGGUCAUGAGCCAUUCUCCACUGACCCUGAUCCAUUCAUACAUGGAAACGUGCCUUCUGAUAGCAUGUUCAAAUCAGUAUUCAGUUAUGCAACCCCCCCCCACCCCUUCAGUGAAAAUGCAUUGUAAAGAUGUUUAGUUGUUUCUUCAGUAGUAACUUUUGGGAGGGAAGAAAUAGGUAACCUGACUCAAACAUUUUAUA